AUGGGUUUGAACGCUAUCAACUACGAAAUCUCCGAUGCUGCGGGCGCCGCUCCCGCCCCUACUGCCUCCUCCCUCGGUGCGGGUGCUGGCUCCAACGGUCAGGCUGGUUCUGAUUCUGGCCUUGGUGGUGCCGGUGGUUCUGGUGGUGCUGGUGUUGGUGAUGCUGCUGCUUCUGGCGACACUCUUGCUGCCUCUGGCGCUGCUGGUAUUGGCUCCCAGGCUACUGCUGCCGCCGAGUCUUUGGUUGGCGGUGCCUCCGGUGCUGGUGCUUCUGGCGCUGCUGCUGCUACUGGUAUUUCUGCCAUUGCUGGUGCUCCAGGUGCCGCUGCUUCUGGUGCUUCUGGUGCCGGUGCCGCUGGCGCUUCCGGUGCUUCUGGUAUCGGUGCUGCUGGCGCUUCCGGUGCUUCUGCCAUCGCUGGCUCCUUGACUUCUGGUGCCGGUGCCAUCGGUGCUUCUGCUACCUCCGGUGCUGCUGGUGCCUCCGGUGCCUCGGGCGCUGCUGCUGCCUCUGGCGCUUCUGGCGCUGCCGGUGCCUCUGGCGCUUCUGGCGCUGCCGGUGCUUCUGGUGCUUCUGGCUCUGCUGGCGGCAUUGCUACCAUGUCUGACUCUGAAGAGAGUGGCUCUGCUUCUUCUGGUGGCUCUUCUGCCUCUGGCUCCGGUGGCGCUGGUGGUUCCGGUGCCUCUGGCUCUGCUUCCGCUUCCGGCUCCGGCUCCGGCUCUUCUGCUUCUGGUACCAAGUCUGGCUCUUCUGCCUCUGGUUCCUCCGGCUCUGGCUCUGGCUCUGGCAGCUCUUCUUCGGGCUCCGGUGGCUCCAACUCCAGCUCUUCGGGCGACUCCGGCGCCGCUGCUGUUUUCGAUCAGGCCUCCUGGAAGAAGGGUGCCGCUGUUAUGGCUAUUGUGGGCUGCACCUUCGUUUUCAACUUGUAA